AUGGACACCCCAUCAUUUGUGUCUCUAGAAAGCCGUCCAUCCAGCCCUGGACCAGAAUCUGUCCCCUUCGAAUGCUUCACAAAGGAGUGGACCGUGGAGAAUAGCUCACGCAAGGGCACCCAGGGGUUUUCUUUGAUUCCCCGUGAAGUUGCAUUCAUCAUUUUAGAGUAUCUGGAUGAUCCUGUGGAUAAGAUCUGUCUUUCUCUCACCACCAAGCCACUGUGGGUUUGCCUAAGUCCCAGGCUCGACAAGGAUCAGUUCAAGCUGCGCGGGGUCCUUCCAAACCGAGUAAAUGCCAACCAUGGCGUUGUCAAUCCGUGGCCAUUUUUCAAAUCACCCCGCUGGAGGUUUCUCGAAAGACUUGAGGAUGCGUACUGGAAAUGCUGCGCCGGGUGUCUCUACUUGCAGCCCAAACGGGACUUUUCUCGAAGCGAACUGUACAAGGAGCCCGAUGACAGAUUCUGCAGGGCACCGGGCAACAUUCAACUAUGUCCCCAUGUUAUCUUGACGUACAAAAAAUGCGUGAGCCUGCAAUCAGCUUUGAUUAAAGCCAAAAAAGAAGAAACCAGCCAGACCCCGCCGACCAUGCCAAAUCUCGCACACCAGUGUGUACUUGAAUCGGAUCAAACAAUAGUCACCUGCACAGUCUUGCCAAAAUUAUCACGUCGACGCAGUCACCUCGUAUUUCGAAACAAGUAUACCGUGUCAGACUUCAGCAAGCCAAUCAUGCAAGCAUGGAUGUCCCAUUUCGGUGAAGACGCACUGCUUCCUUGCCCGCACCGCAACAUUUCCACCCAUGUGUUGGAUAUGCUACAUCUGCAUCGUUCUUGGGAAAGGGACAUUAUACCUAAAGAAUGCGACCCCAAGUCCCCAAAUCCCUGGUGCAAGUUCUGCUGGACCUUUUUUGUUGAAUUUGAAACCACCGAAAGCAGCCCCCUGGGAACCAGAUCUGUCUCGUUCUCUACGCAGAGACAUUUCGGCAAAGGAUGGGGCCUUCUGACAAAUAGAAGCAACAGCGACGCUGCGAAACGUGCACAAGAUUGGAUCAACCGAACCGACCUGUCAAAUAUCAUCUCGGUUGUGGGUGGUCGUAGUAAGGGGGGAUGGUAUUUUGCCCGAACGACCAGAUGGUCUCCUGGUAAAAGUUCUUUGCCGACCAUGACUUGGAAGCAGUGA